CAAACACAUAUAUUUAACUGUUUUGAAGGGAAAUUGGUUAAUUUCACAACAUGUUAUUUUGCAGUUCGAGAUUUUCUGUAGGAAGCAACAGUUCAUCUUCAUCAAAUUCUUCAUCAUCAUCGGGGAAUUCUAAUAACAAUCAACAACAACAACAUUCUGGUGGAGGAAAUUCAAAAAGUGAUGAAGAGUUUGAUCCUGCACUGAAUGGUGGACCUAUCAGAAUGAUUAGGAGAAAUCAACAGUUGAUGAUGGCAAAUGCUCAAAUUUCCCAAAAUAGUAAUAUCAGAAAUAAUGAUUCGAAUAGUAGUAGUAAUGGAGGGGAUGACAGUUGUGUUGGGAAGAUAUCAUUGAGUAGUGAUGCUAGUAUUGAAAAUAUGAUGAUUAAUGGUGGAUAUUUAUUGAGGAGUUUGACAAGAGACAUUUGGUAUUUAAUUUUCUCAUUCAUGUCAACACAGUGGUUCUUUUUGAAUGGAAGAUUAGUUUGUAAGGAAUGGUAUAAGUUGAUAAGGAAAAGAGGGGUUUAUUCUCCAAAAUUGGUUUAUUACAUUUCGAGAAGAGAUGUAAAGAAGGAAUUGAAAAGAUGUGAACAAUUUGUUAAUUUGUGUCGAGAAGGGUAUUUCAAACAAGUUGUUCAAUUGACUAUACAUUCAGAUUGUUUACUUGAGAAUGGAGGUUUAUUAAGGUUGUUAUUUGGAGUUUCGAAUAAUAAUUCGAAAGAACGAAUAAUGAAAGGUUGCUGCACCAAACACAUGAACGAUGAAGAAGAAAGCAACAACCAAAACAUCAAUACUAAUGCCCUCACCUCACCUAGAACCUUACACAGUCCACGUGAAAACGAUUCCACCACUAACGAAACUCUAUUCGGCCUAAAUCGAAUUUGUAAAAAUUGUGAAAAAAUUCUUUACAAACAAAUUUCAUGGGUCAACCUACUAAAAACCAACAUUCCAACCUUUAAUUACUUCCCCAAAUUAACUUCCCUGAAUCUGAGCUAUGAGUUUCCAAUAACCAAGUCAAUUAUAACGAGUCCUUUCAUUUCCUCUCUAACUGAACUUAAUCUUGGAAGUGGACAUGUUGUCACAGAUGAUGACAUUAAGGAAAUUGUAAACACUCCUCGAUUAUCUAAGCUGAAGAGUCUAAGUUUGUAUCAUAAUCAAAUAACUGAGCAUGGAGCUUUUGAAAUUUCGAAUAGUUUUAACAUGUCUAAUUUAACAAGUUUAGAAUUGGGAUUGAAUAGAAUUGGAAUGAAUGGUUUCUUACAUUUGGUGAAUAGUUCAAUUUUGAAGAAUUUAACUCAUCUCGAUGUGAAUAGAAAUGAGGUGAAUUUCAAUUCAAUUCAGGAAAUUAAUGUGAAAGAAUCGAAUUUGAAAACAUUGAUAUUGUUAAAGAAUGAAUUGGGUGUGAACGGAUCCAUUUCCUUUUUAAAUCAUGGCAACUUUCCUCAAUUAACUCAUCUGAACCUUUCGAAUACGAAUAUUGGUCUAGAGGGAAUUCAGAAUAUUUGCAAAUGUUCAUAUUUAAUUAAUUUAACAAUUCUUGAAGCUGGAAAUAAUGAUAUAGGAGAUGAGGGAAUUAAGGCAAUCUGUACGAGUCCUUAUCUUGUCAAUCUCAAGCAAUUAGAUCUGAUUAAUAAUAGAAUUGGUCCUAAAGGUGCCUAUUCGAUAGCUACCUGUCUUUCGAAUUUAACACAUCUUGAUCUCAGUAAUUUCGGUAAUGAAAAUCUCAAUCAAAUUGGAAAUGAAGGAGCAUUCUCAAUUGCUAACAGUCCAAAUAUGGUCAACCUUACAAAGUUAUGCUUGAGAAGGAAUAACAUUGGUGAGGAAGCUUCCAAAGCUGUGGAAAAUAGUGAAUUUUUGAAAAAUCUUGUCAAUCUCGAUAUGAGAUACAAUGAAAUGGAUAUGAAACGAAAUAGAAAUGUUCCACCAAGUUACAGAAGGCCAUACGAUGAUUCCACAUGUAUCAUUUCUUAA